AAUUAAUAAGAUGCGACAGUAAACCAAAAAAAAAAAAAACCAGAGAGAGGUUAGUGUCGACGGCGGCGGCGGCUCUGGCGAUCCACAGGCUUCUUCCUCAAUUGGUGUUGUGACAUUUCUCGGCGGGCUGAGCUUGGGUUUCUCCGAUUCUCUCUGUUCCUCCUUUUCGCUGUUUCUGUCAUGGCGAUCGCGGCGGCUUCUUCUUUUUCCAUCUGUCCAUCGCAUUGCCAUCAAUGUUACACAGAGGAGUUAUCUCCCAACAUACUUUGCAAAAGAAACGGCCGGACAGGCAAACACGUGUUUGAUGGAUGUGGUGCAUCUAAUCUUUCUGUCCUAAGUUUCAGAUGCAAGAUUCCAUUUUUUGGACCGGCAUCCCAUGUAUCAUCACCUUCUGGACGAGACGAUGGCCUUACAAAAGUUUCAGUUGCUGCUGAUUAUCCUGAUUCAGUUCCCGAUUCAUCUAGCUACAUUAGCAAGGGAGGUUACCAUCCUCUCGAGGACUUGGAGCCUAGCAAAAGGUCCCGGGUGACCAAACUCUCCGCCGCUGAAAUAGCAAGGACUACAGUUGAGGCUAACAGCAGAGCUGUUCUGGCAUUUCCCGGAGCAAUACACUGUGAACCGCAUGAUCAUACUUCAUGGUCCGAAUUUAAGUAUGUCAUUGAUGAUUACGGAGAUAUCUUUUUUGAAAUUUUCGAUGAUAAUAACAUCUUAGAAGAUCCUGGAGCAAGUAAUCCUGUGAAAGCCUUUAUUGGAAUGGAUGUCCCACUAUACGAAAACACACCACUCCAUGAUGAAUAUAACAUUUCAGACAUCGGUAAUCUGGAUGAUAUUAUUUUUGAUGAUCACUAUUUCGAGAUCAUGGAUUCUGAAGCGAGUGAUAUUCCUGUCGAUUGGGGAAUGCCCGACUCUUCCAAUGGAGUUCAUCCUGUUUACUUUGCCAAACGCCUAGCAAAGGCGAUCAGCAUGGACUAUGAUAGAAAAAUGGACUACCCGUCAAAUGGUGUAUCUAUUCUCGGAUGCCUUAGGCCUGCUUUCCUCGAUGAAGAAUCGUAUAUAAGAAGGUUAUUUAUCCCAGAAGAUAGAGAUGACUAUGACUGGGAGAGUCAAGGUGAUGAUAAUCCAAGCAGUAGUUCGAGAUACGAUGGACACGAUAUGAGUUCAACUCUAUAUAGAUUAGAGAUUGUGAGAAUAGAGCUAUCCUCCAUCUAUGGAAUUCAGUCUUCUGUAAGCUUGCAAGAUUUCCAAGAUGCCGAACCAGAUAUCUUAGUCCACUCAACUUCAGCAAUCAUAGAUCGCUUCAACAAGAAGGGGAUUAACUGCAACAUGGCUCUCAAAGCUCUUUGCAAGAAGAAGGGUCUGCAAGUAGAGGGAGCUAACCUGAUUAGCAUUGACAGCCUCGGAAUGGACGUGAGAGUUUUUACGGGAGUGGAAGUUCAAACUCACCGUUUCCCUUUCAAAGCUAGGGCUUUGACAGAAAUCGCAGCUGAGAAGAAAAUCCAACAGCUACUGUUCCCACGAUCACUCAGAAGGAAACUGAAGUCUCACAGGGACGGAUUGAAGGAUACGUCUCGUUACUGAUCAAGAAUCAUCGGAAUCAGAACUGAACAGAGACGAGCCUUUACCUCGCAGGUUCAGCUUUAUACCUUUUUCGUGUUCUUUGCCUCCGACUUCAGUGUACAUAGCAUAACCUCCUUUGGUGAGAAUCUAAAGGGCUGCAAAGAUGCAGCUCACUCUUUGUAGCAGUAAGCAUAAGCCAAAUAAGAAGUUCAAACCUUUGAACUGAUUCCAUUGUUGUUUUUCACAUUUGAUGUAAUGGAGUUUGAAGCUAAACCAGAUUUCAACUCAAUAAUUCUACUUCUUUAUGGA